AUGUCGAAGGUCCCGCUGCUGAUGCGCUCGUCGCCCGCCCAGGGCACCGGCUCCUACGGCGCUCUGCCCGUCCAGAUGCUGAGCACCAGCGCCGAGAGCUCUGCCGACGAGGGCAUGCGCGACCUCGACCACGCAGUUCGCUCGGGCAAGCGCAAGGCCACCAGUCGCCUACGCGAGGCUGACACCAUAACGGAGGACGACCCCGAGUCGAGCAAGUCGACGCGCAGUCGCUUUGCUUCGACUGGUCGGCUGCUGGACCGCAAGGGCUCCAGGCGCAGCCGCAGGAAGAGCUUGCCAAAUUUCAACCUGCCCGACGAGCACCCCACCGCCGUCGAGGCGUGGGUAGGCAAUCUGGACGAAGAGAUGGAAUCUGACGAAGACAUGCGCUCAGACUCGGGCCGUUCGAAUUCGGAUUCAGGCCACUCCGACAGCUCUGAGGCCAUAAACAUCGACGGUCCCGAGGGCAGUGCCGACGCCGGGGAAGGAUCCCAGAACAAGGCGGCUGAGGAGAGCCCUGCAGACGACUCGCCCUAUCCCCAGGUGCGAGCGGCGGUGCGGCCCUCUGACGACACCUCUCUGUCUAUCAAUACCCCCCGGAUGUGGACCUUGUCCAUGCUCUUCUCCAUCCUCGGCUCCUCGACCAAUUUGUUCUUUUCUCUCAGAUACCCUAGCGUUAGCAUCACGCCGGUCAUCGCGCUCCUGCUUGUCCACCCUCUUGGCCUGCUGUGGGAUCAGCUUUUGAAACGUCCCGACGACCCUGCUGAGGUUUUCACGAAUGGAUCCAUCCAACACAGGGCUGCAGACUCGCAAGAAUACGGCGUUUCAAACGGCGCGAUUGGCCUCAGAGACCACGAUGGAGAUCGCAACGGGGAAAAGGGCCGGAGUUGGGCACGCAGUCUUCGGCUGUGGCUCGCGCAAGGAAGGUGGAACGAAAAAGAGCAUUGCUGCGUGUACAUCAGCAGUAACGUCUCGUUUGGAUUUGCUUUUGCUACCGAUGUCAUCGUCGAGCAGUCUAUGUUCUAUCACCAAAAGCUCACCAUCACCUAUCAAAUCCUCCUCACUAUUUCCACUCAGGUCCUGGGGUAUGCUCUUGCAGGUCUUACCCGACGCUUCCUUGUCCGACCCAGCGGAAUGAUCUGGCCCGGCACCUUGAUUUCAACAUCCAUGUUUUCCACCCUGCAUAAGCAAGACAAUGCACCAGCGAACGGAUGGCAUAUCUCACGCAUGAGGUUCUUCCUCUAUAUUUUCUUGGGGUCCGCGGCAUUCUAUUUCCUCCCGGGCCUGCUUUUCCCUGCUCUGAGCUAUUUCAACGUCAUCACAUGGUUUGCGCCCAAGAACGUCGUCGUUGCGAAUUUGUUCGGUGUUGCCUCUGGUCUCGGAUUGUUUCCUAUGACGUUCGAUUGGUCGCAGAUUGCGUACAUUGGCUCCCCGUUGGUUGUGCCUUUCUGGGCUGCUCUCAACAUUGUCGGAGGCCUGGUGGUGGUCAUGUGGUUCAUGGCUCCCAUCAUGUACUACAUGAACGUCAUGUAUUCGUCCUACAUGCCAAUCUUGUCGGCCGCCGUCUUCGACAACACUGGUAAGCCAUACGAUGUCAGCAAGAUUCUCACCGACAACUUCCUUUUCGACGAGAAGGCCUACGAGAAUUACAGCCGUGUGUUCCUGCCAAUAACCUAUGUGUUGAGCUAUGCGCUACAAUUUGCAGCUCUCACUGCGCUGCUCACACAUACUGCGUGUUGGCACGGAAAGGAUAUUCUGCGGCAAUGGAAAGCAUCCUGGAAAGAGAUCAAAGGACAGAGCGAGCAGCCCGCGUAUCAGCAAGUCCCUCAGGAAGAACGGUCCCUGCGCCACAAGAAGUCGACCCGUAGCAUGACAGCCUCCAUGCCCGACCUGGACAAUAUGAUGGGUGCGGAGGAUGUCCACAACCGGUUAAUGAGGAGAUAUAAAGAUGCGCCGAUGUCGUGGUACCUCUUGACAGGUGUCCUUAUGACCGCCAUUGGCAUGUUUGUGGUGGAAUACUACCCCAUCCACCUGCCUUGGUACGGUCUAUUGCUCGCGCUAGGCAUUUGCACCCUCCUCUUCAUCCCCAUCGGCAUCGUCAUGGCGAUUACCAACCAGCAAAGCAGCCUUUACCUUAUCUGUCAGCUCAUCUGCGGUGUGAUCUUCCCUGGACGACCGGUUGCGAACAUGGUGUUUGUGACGUACGGCUACAUCACGUCCACUCAAGGCCUGAAGUUUUCGUCGGAUCUCAAACUUGGCCACUACAUGAAAAUCCCGCCAAGGAUUCUUUUCGCGCUCCAACUCGCAGCAACGGUUGUGUCCAGCCUUACGCAGAUUGGCGUUUUGAACUGGAUGCUAGGGAACAUCCCUGGCAUCUGCACGCCAGAGGCCAUCAACGGCUUCAACUGCCCAAUCGCCCGGGUUCACUUCAACGGAAGCAUUCUCUGGGGUGUCGUUGGCCCGGCGAGGUUUUUCGGCCCUGGAGCGUUGUACCGACCGCUCGUCUGGGCGUUCCUACUCGGCGCCGUCACACCUGUCGGGGUGUGGCUCCUCGGGCGGAGGCAGAAGCAUAGCGUUUGGCGAAAGGUCAACCUUCCGGUGCUCUUUGGCAGUCUAAGCUGGAUUCCGCCGGCAACAGGUCUCAAUUUCUCGGUCUGGGCCGUGGUUUGCUGGAUCUUCAACGACUUCAUCCGAACUCGCCAUAACGCGUGGUGGAAGAAAUACACCAUGACGCUGUCGGCAGCGCUUGACUCGGGUGUCGCGGUCGGCGUGGUCAUCGUAUUCUUCGCGGUCAUAUACCCGGGUUUCAACAAGGGAUUCAGCUGGUGGGGCACCGAAAUCUUCAAGCAGGGCUGCGAUUGGCAUGCAUGCUCGUACAAGACCGUCGAACCCGGAGAUCGCUUCGGCCCCGACACAUGGUGA